CGCGCGCUCCACGCCGCAGAGGGCGCUCCGCGGGCCGUGCUGUGCGCCUGCGCAGUGCGGGUCGCUCUCCGCCCCCUGCCCCGCCGCCCCUCCGUCGGCCGGCCGGGCCCCGCCUCGGCUCCGCGCCCUCGGCCAGCUCUCAGCCGCCGUCUGUCCCGCAGCAGCCGGCCCCGUCUCCAGCAGCAUGUUCAGCUGGGUCAGCAAGGAUGCCCGCCGCAAGAAGGAGCCGGAGCUCUUCCAGACGGUGGCCGAGGGGCUGCGGCAGCUGUACGCGCAGAAGCUGCUGCCCCUGGAGGAGCACUACCGCUUCCACGAGUUCCACUCGCCCGCGCUGGAGGACGCGGACUUCGACAACAAGCCCAUGGUGCUGCUCGUGGGCCAGUACAGCACGGGCAAGACCACCUUCAUCCGGCACCUGAUCGAGCAGGACUUCCCGGGGAUGCGCAUCGGACCCGAGCCCACCACUGACUCCUUCAUCGCCGUGAUGCACGGCCCCACCGAGGGCGUGGUGCCGGGCAACGCGCUCGUCGUCGACCCGCGGCGCCCCUUCCGCAAGCUCAACGCCUUCGGCAAUGCCUUCCUCAACAGGUUCAUGUGUGCGCAGCUACCCAACCCGGUCUUGGACAGCAUCAGCAUCAUCGACACUCCCGGGAUCCUGUCUGGAGAGAAGCAGCGCAUCAGCAGAGGCUACGACUUCGCGGCCGUCCUCGAGUGGUUCGCCGAGCGGGUGGACCGCAUCAUCCUGCUGUUCGACGCCCACAAGCUGGACAUCUCGGACGAGUUCUCAGAGGUCAUCAAGGCCCUCAAGAACCACGAGGACAAGAUCCGCGUGGUGCUGAACAAGGCCGACCAGAUCGAGACCCAGCAGCUGAUGCGGGUCUACGGGGCCCUCAUGUGGUCCCUGGGGAAGAUCAUCAACACCCCCGAGGUGGUCCGGGUCUACAUCGGCUCCUUCUGGUCCCACCCGCUCCUCAUCCCCGACAACCGCAAGCUCUUCGAGGCCGAGGAGCAGGACCUCUUCAAGGACAUCCAGUCCCUGCCCCGCAACGCCGCCCUCAGGAAGCUCAACGACCUGAUCAAGCGGGCGCGGCUGGCCAAGGUCCACGCCUACAUCAUCAGCUCCCUCAAGAAGGAGAUGCCCAAUGUCUUCGGUAAAGAGAGCAAGAAGAAAGAGCUGGUGAACAACCUGGGAGAGAUUUACCAGAAGAUCGAGAGGGAGCAUCAGAUCUCCCCGGGCGACUUCCCAAACCUCCGCAAGAUGCAGGAACUCCUGCAGACCCAGGACUUCAGCAAGUUCCAAGCCCUGAAGCCCAAGCUGCUGGACACGGUGGACGACAUGCUAGCCAACGACAUCGCGCGGCUCAUGGUGAUGGUGCGCCAGGAGGAGGCCCUGAUGCCCUCCCAGGCCGUGAAGGGCGGCGCCUUCGAGGGCACCAUGAACGGGCCCUUCGGGCACGGCUACGGCGAGGGGGCCGGCGAGGGCAUCGACGACGUCGAGUGGGUGGUGGGCAAGGACAAGCCCACCUAUGACGAGAUCUUCUACACACUGUCGCCCGUCAACGGCAAGAUCACGGGCGCCAACGCCAAGAAGGAGAUGGUGAAGUCCAAGCUGCCCAACACGGUGCUGGGCAAGAUCUGGAAGCUGGCCGACGUGGACAAGGACGGGCUGCUGGACGACGAGGAGUUUGCCCUGGCCAACCACCUCAUCAAAGUCAAGCUGGAGGGCCACGAGCUGCCCGCCGACCUGCCCCCACACCUCAUCCCGCCCUCCAAGCGGAGGCACGAGUGACGGGCCGGCCGGUGACGCAGUCCCUCCAUCUUGGCGCCCAGCCAGGCGGAGACUGGGGAGGGGGGCAAGGGUCGCAGUUGUCAAGGUCCAUAAAGACUGAGCGGGUGAUUCCUCAGCUCUUGAAAAGGAAAACCACCAUCUUUCUUCCCAGGCUGUUCCGGGGCCCGGCGGGGAGGCAGGGGUGAUGCUCAUAUGUGAAUGAUGGAAUUUUGUGCACAAGAACUAUGGAUAUUUUUAAUAUAUAAUGUUAGAGGCAGCCUUCUGUCUUACCUCCUCCAUCUGACAGCCCCACGCACGCAGAGCCUCCGCCUCCCGCCCUGACUGUGCAGCACGUGCGGCCACUGAGACCGCAGGGGCCGUGGCCUGCCGUGCCCACCCCUGCUCGCCCCUCCUGGCAGCUAUGGGGUCCUGGGGCUGUACGGAGACAGGAACGCUCUGGACCCCCAGUUGGUUUCUAAGCCGAGGGUUGCUUCCCGGGGCCAGCGGCUUCCUCCCGCCCGGCUCGGCCUCCUCCCUGUGCUCCUGGAUUCAGUUGGUUCUGGUGCCUUCCCCUCCCCGCGGCUCCCUGUGCACAGGCCUGCUCUCUGCUCUCUUAUCCCUCGGCUCGGCAGCCACAGAGGCCAUGCCUAGCUACCUUUUUUAGAGGGGGGUCCAGGGGAUGGGUGGGAGAGAACAUCGUCCAGAAAAAUAUAUAAGCUAGUUUUUGUUCUGUAAAGUGACACCUUUCAUACUUGACGAAAUUUUCCAGUGACUUCCCAACCACUUGUUCAGAAGCUGUGAUUUUUGUCUCCUUUGCCACACUCCAGCCAGGGGACAGCUCUACCCAGGAGCCAUGAGAUGUGGGGUGCUGGCAAGGCACACCCCGCCAGGGACCCCAGAGGUGGUGUUUCCUGCUUCACCCUCUCACUUCCCUGGAACAUUCUGGUGUACCUCCCUGCCCCACCUUUGGGUGGGUGGUGAGUCCUCGUGACCCUGGUAUGGCUUGGUGCUCCAGCCCGGGCCUAGUGGCCAGACAGUGGGACCAGGGACAACCCAGCCCCUUCCCUCUGCCUCAUCCUCAUUUCCGGACGGAAGCCCCCCCUACCUUCCUUC